AUGAAUGAUGAUAGUGAUAAUCGCAUAGUUGCCGCCAUCAAACAGGAACUUCGUCUUGAGACCCCAGAGUUUGGAACUCUGGUACACCCUGAUGAUACCAGAUUAACGGGAAACGAUAGCUUUAGUUAUGACUCGGGAAUAAAUAAGCACUUCAAGGAACAAAAUAAUGUGCACAAGGUCAUCCAGAUAUAUCGAUGUGAUAUCUGUGCCAAAGAAUUCAGCCGGAAAGGAGUUCUGAAGCGACACCAACGCAUUCACGCUGAAGACUUUUCAGUCAGGUGUGACUUUUGCAAUAAAGGUUUUUACGAUACAAAUAACCUGAAGAAUCACAUCCGCUGUCAUACUGGAGAGCGUCCGUAUAAAUGUAAUACUUGUGAUAAGACAUUCCGUACCAGUAGCACCCUGAAGGAGCACCAGUUUGUUCAUUCAGGAGAACGACCGUUUGAAUGUGACGUAUGUGGCAAAUCAUAUACUUAUAGCAGUGCGUUGUCGGUGCAUAAACGCUGUCACGCUGCAGAUCGUCAACACAAGUGUGAUGAUUGUGGUAAAGAAUUCACUACUCUAUGGGCACUCAAGCAGCACAGGUUUGUACACACCGGUGGCCACCCACUGCUAUGUGAUGUUUGUAACAAAGGAUUCCUCAGUGCCAGUCUGUUGCUCCUCCAUAAACGCAUACACACAGGAGAAAGACCUUUCCGUUGCGAGAUCUGCGAUGAGUCGUUCAUACAACAGGGUAAGCUAACGUACCACAUACAGCGAGUUCAUACUGACGAUCGUCCUUAUAAAUGCGAUUUGUGCGAUAAAAAAUUUAUGCAGAAGAAUCAACUUGAUUAUCAUAUGCGUAAGCAUACCGGUCAGAUCGCAAACGUGUGCCAGAUCUGCGACAAGGGAUUCAGGUGCAAAACGGAUCUAAAUUCUCACAUACGAAUACAUACUGGCGAGCGGCCAUACAAGUGCGAUAUUUGCAACAAGGAUUUCAUCAGAAGUGACCACCUCACGCGGCAUCGACGAAUUCAUAAGCGGGAACAUUCAUCGCCGUAA